CUGUGAGGUCACUGAGCACUGACCUCCUUUAUCCCCUCAAGGACUGUGUCUACUCUGCCCUCCUCCAACCUGAGCAGCUUUCCUGGAAGAUGCCACCAGUCCUGAUUCUCCUGACCUUGUUUCUGCCACUUGGAGCUGGUGCAGAGGAGAUCAUCGGGGGCCAUGAGGCCAAGCCCCACUCCCGACCCUACAUGACAUUUAUUGAAUCUCUGCAUGUUGGUGGGAAUAGAAGUCGCUGUGGAGGCUUCCUGGUACAAGACAACUUCGUGCUGACCGCUGCUCACUGCCUGGGAAGCUCAAUGAGAGUCACUCUGGGGGCCCACAACAUCGAGACAAAGGAGAAGACCCAGCAGAUCAUCCCUGUGGCAAAAGCCAUUCCACACCCAGACUACAACGAUAAGGACUGGUCCAAUGACAUCAUGCUCUUGAAGCUGCAGAGGAAAGCCAAGAGGACGAAAGCUGUGAGGCUCCUCAAGCUGCCCAGGGCUAACGCCCAAGUGAAGCCAGGGGACGAGUGCCACAUAGCUGGCUGGGGGGCAACGUCCCUCAAUGCCACUAAAGGAGCAGCCUCCCUACAAGAGACUGUAUUGAUCAUCCAGGACGACCAGAAAUGCAAACUCCGCUUCCACCGCUACAUCAAGACCAUUCAGAUUUGUGCUGGAGACCCAAAGCAAAUACAGGCUGCUUUCAAGGGUGACUCUGGGGGACCCCUCGUGUGUGACAACAGAGCUUAUGGAGUUUUAGCCUAUGGAAAAACCAAGAGCAUCGCUCCAGGAAUCUUCACUAAGGUUGUGUCCUUCCUGCCGUGGAUACAAAGAAGCAUGAAGUCUUGUAACAGGUGCUAAAACCAGCUGUUCCUACCAGCUUGUCUGGCCACUGGCCAGAACCACAUGGAGUGGGCAGCAAAGGGGAAAACUCAUAAUAAAUUGAUCUCCUCGGUGAAUUCAGC